CAGAGUCCGCGUGGAGGAGGAUGAGGAGGAUGAAGGCUGCAGAGGGACGGUGAGGCCACGGGGCGAGAAGGAGACGCCACGCGGCGUGGAUUGUCCCGCGUGUUUUUCAGCUUCAGGAAGAAAAACUGUCUGUGACGGAACUCUGCGCGUGCACAGAGCGCGCCCAGGUGACCGCAGGUUAGAGCAGCUCCCCUGAUGAACCCUCUAGCAGCUCUCAGCAUGGACCCAAACACUCUGGUUAUAGGAACUGUCCCCCCCCACAGAGGAAUGAUCUUGAAUGGCGUCCAUUCUCUCUCUAAACAAAAGCAGCCGGACUCGUCCCUCCAGCGUGGUUCUGACCUCCAGCGUAAGCCCACUGUGCCCGUUUUAGAAAACCAGAAAUCUGGAAGUGUUGAACUUUACAGAAGCCCAACUCCAGAGCUGCAGGAAGUUCUGCUCGUCUCAGCGGCAGAGACUAACGGCCUCGGGUUGAACCACGGGCCUGCAGUCAUUGACAAGCAGUCAGAAGGGAGUUUAAAUGGUGCUGGCAGCUUUUUCAGCCUCCCGUGGGUCAGUCCUUACAUGGAUCCUUCAUCUUACCCCUUCUUGGACAUGGCAUACAGAACCUCCCUCCUGUCUGCGUUGCCUUUCACCCCUAAGCCUCUAGCAUAUCAGUCUUUGUGUGCAAAUGGCAGUAGUACAUCUAGAGAUGAAAGACUUUUCUUCAUUUCUCCGUACUCAGCAGCUCAGCUCGUCUCCUCACUGGCGGCUCCCAGCAGGACGUCCCCUGCAAACCCCACCCGUUCUGUUCUCUCACCUCUGCCCCACGGCCAGGAAAAGACCUUGCAGGGCUUUGGACAACAACGGCCUGAAGAACGUUCUGCUGUUAGGACCAGUUCCCAGACUCUGCAGAUGCAGACAGAUCCAUCUGAAUGUCAGCAAGAGGACAGAUUCCACAGUGAUUCCGCAUGUCGAUCCACCUCUACCGAAGGCAGAGCUGACAGUGGAGCUCAUGGUUCCCAACCGUCUGACUCUCUUCCUCAAUCCCAGUCCAUCAGCAGUCCCAGUACAGAGCUCCAGAAUCUCUACUACCAGAGUCUCUCCUCAACUUUAACCGUUCUUGCUGCUUCCCAUCAUUUCUACAGUAGCUCCCAGCAAAGCUGUUCCACAGACACAGGCAGAGGCAGUACCAGAGAUACCAUCAGUAACACUGACAAACAUUCAACACACGCAAAGCAAUCCCUAAGCAAUGUUGUACCUCAGGAAGCCACCAAAAACCGCGAAGAAAAGGGGAAUUCUGCUGAACAGGCCGCUGAAUUCCUGAAUAGAUUUCCAUCCCAAUCCCAGGCGCUGGUCAAUCUGGAGUAUUCACAACCAUCUCAACAUAUGCUGGUACCCAAUCAGAAGCAAGACCUGAAAGAGGCUCAAGCUUUAGCUGUCAGCUCUUUGAACAAGACUUCAAAUCACGGGACCAUCUGUACCGUAACCUCUACUGGAGGCUCUUCCUCAGCUAUAAGCUCUAACCGUGAUGUUUGCUCCCAAGCCACAAGCAGAGCAGCCGACAAUAUUCAGUUAGUUUCAACUGAAUCUACGAUCGGACAGAAAACCGCUACCCAGAGUACCGUCUCUGCAGCAAACCGUUCUACAAAUAUCCCCAAAACAAAGGCGGAAGGGCCCCAAGUUUCUCCUCCUGACUCUAGGAAAAGCAGCAAAGAGGACCACUUCUCAAGAAAACAUAUUAAAACUCCAUCAAAUGCCAACAGUAAUGAUAACCAACCUGAUCUGUUACAUUACCAACGGUUAAAUCAAGAGAAUAAAAACUCCUCCAGUCAGAUUUAUAAAAACUCUCAUCUACCUCAUGGUUUAGGUCACAGUAAACGCUACGUCCGGUACUCUGUACCAGACACUAUGUCAAUGCAGCGAAUGUCAGUGCCAAAUAAUGGCUAUCCUCAUCCUGUAUUGCUAGGCAACAACAGCUUUAACCAGUCAGGUACUGCAGUCAAACAUGGCCACCCAUAUGGAAGAUUAACUUAUGAGAGCGCUGAGAAGAUAGCCUCCAUGUCAACCUGUUCAGGUUUUCAAAACAAAGAGAAAAAUCAUUGUUUGUCUGAAACCCAUGAAGUCAGAAAUAAAGAACAAUUUAUGGACCAAAAAAGGCAAGACGCUAACCCCUGUCAAAAGACGAACAAUGACAUUAAAACUAUAAAUCCAGCUUCUAAAGCUGCUCCAGAUGAAUCUGUUGGUCGGGGUGAAGAAGUUAGUUCUGACUCGGUGCGUGAGGAAAAUACUACAGAAAACAGUUGCACACCUUUUGUGGCUGUUUUCCCCAAAUACUGCAACAACAGAUUGAACCAAUUCCAAGGAAAGAGGGCAUUGCUUUCAGAAACUCCUCAUCAUAUCUGGAAUGCCAGACAUAGAGUAGCCUCACUAAGCCAAACUCCACCUCACUGCACUUCUUCAUCGCUCCCUAGUAGUAGCCAAGAGAUCUCAGAGGAGGAAAACCCACAAAGCCCAUUCCUAGACAUCCCAGAAGAGCUAUCAAUGCAAUCUGCCCGAACAUCUCCAUGGCAGUUCUCAACAAACUCUAAACCUAGAGAUGAUCAGCCAGUGGCAUUAGGUGAUUUUGAUGUAAAACCUUCCGUACAGGAAGCAAACUCUGAAUCUUGGAAUAAAGGAGACAAUCCUCGGCAAAGUCCUCCCAAAAAUAGGAUAUCAUUGGUUCCAAAUAGUGAUAUUAGUUCUGGUGACCUUACAGAUGAUGAUGCAGGCGCAAACUCAAAGAGUCCAGCAUGUGGAGGUGGGAAUCCAUCAGGAAGUGCAGGUUGCUCCAGAAAGAGACCAAAUACUGAGGUCCCAGGGUGGAGCAUGUUCAGUCCCAGAUUCCUGGCCGAAGGAGAACUUGAUUCUAUGCCUUCAUCUUGUUCUAGACUUAACCCCAAAGAACCCACAUGUACCAGAGACGGUAAAUGUCCGAAAGUUAGCCGUUUCUGUCGCAGAAAUCAGAGUUUGACGGCGUCGCCGACUGACCCUGGGAGUUCUUUAAUUGGUGAAAAUGGGAACUCAAUUUGUAAAAACAGUCGUGACCAAUUUUCUAAUGAGGAACAUCACAAUGCUGUCAGCCCAACUCCCAGUCCUACCAGUGGAAAGACUCCCUUUGUCGUCGAUCCCAGUUUCCCUCUUCAUGGUCUGAACAUUUUUGCUACAAACGGAGAUGACAGCAGAGUCCAUGAUGAUCCAUCGCCACAUGUGGACAAGGACCUUCACACCAAUGCCAGCUGUGGGAAUGAAGGGGAGAACAUCCAACACGAUGUCAGUCUCCUCCACCGUGAUGCUAAAGACCUCGAUUCCUGCAGAAAAGGACAGUCCAACUUCAUCAGGCAGAUCGAAAACCUGCAAGGCAUGAUGGGAGAAGUGACCCCCGAUCUGUCUGUCAGCAGGCGAGGCAGCGAGCAAAGUGCUCAGCAGAGCACAACGCUGCAGCUCUCUGAGCUGAGGGACAGAGGAGGAGGAGGAGGAGGAGAGGAAGGGCUGGCAGACAGCCAGCAGGGAGGAAAGGACGACAAAGAACAUGAGGAAGAGGAGAGAGGAGGAGAGGGAGCUCCUUCUGCAGCUGCUGACACUGUUAGAGGUCUGAAUGUUUCUUCCUCGAUCCAACAUGGAGUCUUCGGCCCUCCUGUCUUCAGUCAGAAUGAUGAAGAUGAUGGCAGGGAACAUGAGGGCGGGCAGAAAAGCCAAAAGUCGUCUGAAGCGAUUGUCUCGGGACCCAGAGGUCGGUUUCAGGGGAACCGCUCCCCCCUGAGGUCACAUCCUGUCAACCGGCGGCGAAUCUUCAGCCUGGAGCCGUUUCAUCAGAGCAGCAUCAUCAGCCGCCCACAGAAGAGAGGGAGGGAUGAUGAAGGAGAGGAUGAGGAGGAGACGGCAAACCCCAACAAGAGAGUCAAAGCCGCCAACGACUCGACUCUGGAGGAAGUGAAAAAGCUGAAGGUCUGCGUCGAGCUAAACGGCCUCCAACUGAACAGGCCCCGCCUCCCCAGAGAGCUGAGCCAAUGGCUGCCCUCCUGGGACAGGAAGUGGCUCCCUGUGAGGGAGAGCUCAGAGGUCACUGGGAGCUGGAGGGAGCCCAGCUUCCUGAGGCGGGUCGGUCCCACAGGUCUCCAAGUGGCCCCGCCCUCUUCUGAUGGUCAACCGGCCCAGGAACCAAUCAGCUUGGCCCCCCACCAACAAGCCCCGCCCACCUCCUCCAGACAUCAGAGCCUCGGGGAGAACCAUACGGUCUCUGGUCCAUCCACGCCUCCCCGGCCUUCCUCCUCAGCAGACCGUCGUCUGUUUGGCUGCCAUGGAAACGAGAUGACGAAGGGUAAACGACCCUUCAAGAUGAAACACGCAGGAUGUGAGAGAGAGGAGGAAGGAGGUGACGAUGAGGAGCAGAAGGGGAAGGAAGUGGCGCCGCGCUUCCUGGAGCAGCAGCUCAGUGAGGUCAACCACAGAGACGACGGCGGGUACGGCGCCCUGCAUGAGGCCUGCGCCCGCGGCUGGCUCGCCAUCGCACGGCUUCUCAUCCGCCACGGGGCCGACGUCAACUGCUGCUCUCAGGACGGAACCAGGCCGCUUCACCACGCGGUGGAAAACGACCAUGUGGAGGUGGUCCGCUUCCUGCUGGCCUGCGGCGCCGACCCCACCCUCACCACUUACUCCGGGCGAGGGCCGCUCAGCAUGAGCCACAGCGCUGCCAUGGCAACCUUCCUGGAAGACUAUCUGUCAGACAUCCAGGGAAGGUCGGAGGGCGAUCCGGGGAUCUGCUGGGAGUUCCAUGGCAGCUCUGUGUGCGAACCGGCCAAUCAGGAGGGAGCGUACAACAUUCUGGCUGACCCACCUGGACCAGAGGAGGAUGAGGAGGACCAAGAGGAAGACCUGGAUGAGGAGCAGGGAGCCAGGAGGGAGGUGUUUGAGUUUGAGCUCUCAGAUCGACCUCUGCUGCCGUGCUACAACAUCAAGGUGUCGCCAUCUGAGGGGUCCAGGAACUGGCUCCUCCUGGAGGACGUCCUCGGCCGUCUCCAGAUGACUUCCCGCUCCUUUCGGCGCCUCUUCCCUCAGCUCAACAUUCAGUCCGUCCCUGCAGACGAGUUCUACCGGCAGGCGUCUCUGUCCCAGCUGCUGACGGGUCCAGAUGAGCAGGAACUGGCCUCCCUCAGGUCAGAGGUGAAGGAGUGGGUGGAGCUGGUGGAGGCCACCCCAGAGCUGGCCGCCAUGCUGGGCUCCUCCCAUGAGUUUGUGGACAGUCGCUUGGAUGCUUCCCGUCCCCCUGCACCACCACCGCUGGAACCUCCUCCGUGUCUCAGACAGUCCUUCCCUCCAGUGCUGAAGAGCAGGACCAUGGAGAGCUCUCCAGCAUCGGGACAUCUGGUUGGUCUUCCUCCUGUUGGUCCAUUAGAUUCCAGCUCAUGGGAGAAGCAGAAGAAUGAGGCUUCAAAGGCAACAAUGGCGGCUGGUUGGUGGAGCCGUGGUCAGAACCCUGAAACCAACGUGUCCGCUGAUCCAGACCCAGCAAAGCCACAACAGAGGUCCAAAGGAAGGAGGACCCCUGGGCCUCCUCCCAUGAAACAGAGAAGAAGACUGGUCCAUGAAGAUCCCACACCAGCUCUGGUUCCCAGUCAGGAGACAGGAAGUUUAAAUCCUGAACAUUUAAAAGACGAAACCAACCGAAAGGUCCAGAACCGAUCAGCAGGCGAGGCGACCGAAGCACUGCGGCUUACGUCUGAGAACCGAUGCCGCUCUAAGCUGGACCUGAGGGAUCCUCAGGAAGCAAGGAGAACCUCUGGAACCGCCGCAAACCAAAGGGACACCACUGGCGUCAUGGCGGACGCUGCCUGGCAGAGGAACCUGACCAGCGUCAGAGUCCACCUCAGAGACCUGGGGGUGAAGAUCGCUAACAUCCAGAGAGACGCCAAAGAGGGUGGCGGGAAAGACGGCCAGAGUCCAAACAUAGUCCUGAGGCGACAAUGGUGGACAGCAAUGGUGGAAAGUUUGUAUUCUCUGAGCGUUAGCGAGUUUUUAUUUCCCAGACCCGUUAGCAUGAGGGCUAGCCACUUCCUGUUGGUUUCUCACAAAAUAAACGAAAAACAAAGACAAAAAAGUUGAACCUGUGUCGUUCCUGAGGCUAAAGAUGGGUCAAUGCUAACCUGACUGUCAUGUGACCCGUUCUUCCAGACGUACGCUAACACGCUAGCAUGCUAACAUGCGUUAAAUGAGCAGCUAGCAGCUCCAGAAGCUUCCGUAUCCUGAGCUGUCAUGGUUUCCUGAUGGGUCCACUGGGAUCAGGUCUCUAUGAUGGAGAACAGCCUGUGGUCCAGUAACGUCUACCAGCCGCUGUGAUGUCACAAUGACAUCACAGCCUCCUAUAGAAAGCUGUUUCUCUCAUCGCUGCUGUGACCUCAUCUGUUCAGGGUCUCCCUGAUGUUUACGCUCUGAGCCGCCAUGUUGACGGCUGCUGCCUCCAGCUUCAACCAAUCAGCUCUAGUUCUGAUCAGAAGACAUCUGG